GUAAUAAAACGCGGGAAAUCGGUGUCCUAAAGAUUAGGGGAAUGACGCAUGCGUAGACAAUACCACAACUUCAUGGCGGCGUCAAGAAAAGACUAGAGGAAGUGGUGAUGGUGAGUGGAGUGUGAAUCAAAAUGGCCGCCACUGUUCCUGAAGGGGUUGUAGCAAAUGGCAUCUCUGCAGAAGACCCUGAACCGCCUUGUUCAAAUGGAAUGGGUGGCUGCAAAACAGACAUUGAUGAUUUAAAAUCCAAAACGGAAAGUCUGGUGAAUGGGCUUUCAGAAAAUCCUGUUUCAAAUGGUUUUCACACUGACACUCCAGAAGUGAAAAAUGACAGUGAAGCUAAUGUAAACAGUGAUGAUAAAAUGGAACUCAAUAGUCCCAUAGCUGAGGUCACUCCAGAUUCCGGUGCUGACACAGGCAAUGUAGAGUCAAAAGAUGAAAAGGAUGGGAAAGACAAUAAAGAUGAAAAAGAAGAAAAUCCCUCAAGAGACAGUACGCCAUUAAGUGAUGUUAGUUCCCUGACCCCUGGAGUAUCAAGAAGUGGUACCCCCAUAUCCUCCCAAGACAAGACAGAGGAUAUCAAAAUAGUGGAUGUCAAAACAGAGGAUGUCAAAACAGAGCAAUCUCUGCCUGUUUUGGCACAAGAGAAAGUCAUGCGCAGCUCAGAAGAAAGGUCUAUGGAUUCUACUGACAGUGGGACUAGUAACAAGAGUUCUUCCUCUGUAUUCAAAAAUAAAACAACUCCUAAAGCUAGAAAAUCAGGCCCACCUGCCAAAAAUAUUCUCCCAUCAGCCCUGGCGAUAAAAUCGUCUAGUUCUUCUGGAGAAAAUGUUAAAUUAAAUUUACCCCAAUUCAAUAAUGCUAUUACUGUAGAUAGUAAGUUUUUGGAGAAAAUUAGUAAAAUUUCCUCUGUAAAGCAUGACAUUAAACAUGAGAAAACCCAUACUGUAUUACCAAUUGCCAAGGACAAUGUGGAAAAUGGAGGAGUUGAGCAGAAAAUGAAAAAAUCACGAGCAUCAUUACCUAUUAAUUCUCAACCAAAGGUAAAAGGUGAAGUUUCUGAGAAAACUGAUGACACUCUCUCAGACUCAUCAUUACUUGAAAAAGAUGCCUUUGGGAAAGUUAAGAAACGAUCAAAGAAACGAAGAAAAAUGGGUGCUUAUAAACUUCCAAGUGAAAUUAAAAAGAAAUUUGGUCCUAAAAAGAAGGAUGGAGACACCAACAGUUUAAAAGAUGAAAAAGAAGAAGAUGAUUCAAAGGUACAUGUGAAAAGUGAAGAAAAGACCAGCCAUGUUCAAAUGUCCAAAAAGAUAUCAAGUAGACAAGUGUCCAGUCCUGAAAAUGGUCCACGAAGAUCAGCAUGGGACAUGAUGAAAUCCCCCAGGGUGACCCCAAAGGGCAAAAAUACUCUUGGUAGUACCAGGCAAAAAUUGACACCAAAUUCAGACAAGUCAAAGGCUCAGACUUCAUUAGAUUCUUUUCUGAAUCGAUGUGAUCAAAAAUCUAGUCAGAUUGAAACUCAGAAUAAAGACAUUUCUCUUGGUGGGUCUAAAGAUAGAAGAUUAGGUUUAAGGAAGAGGAAGAAGGAAGAUGACUUGAAUGAUGAGGAUGACGAUGAAGGAGUUAAAGACAAAAAAGAAUCAGACACUUAUGCAGGUAAUCGAAAGAAAAGGAAAGAGGAGACUAUUACCAUAGUAACAGCCAGUCCAUCCAUGGCAGCCCCUGUAGGUUACCAGUCCUUACUAACCCCCCAAAAAGCAGGAAGCCUCAUUGCCCCUGUUUUUAAUACAUCCGCAUUACAUUUUAUCGCCACAUCCAACGCCAUCACUUCGUCGUCCCCCAAAGCAGCUACCACGGUCGUAUCCUCCACCUUAUUACCACAAAACUUCACCAACAUCGUUCCAAAUAUCAAUGCUCCAACCUCAGUGUCUCCUGGCUCCACCAGCGUGAGACUGCCCUUCACCAAGGCCAACUUCGUGACCACCGGUCACGCUCCAUUGCUGCUGGUGCCGGUUAACACCAGCGGCCAGGUGGUGAAUGCGGUUCCCAUAUCUACCUCACUCGGGGUAAUGACCUCAACCAUUCCAGGCCAGGGGUCACCUGGACAGAAGAUCAUUCUGUCUGUACCUGAUCCAAAGUCAAAUCCACCAAAUAAGCUAGGAGGUUCCCCUCCAAGGUAUAUCUUAAUGCAAAAUGUCGCCAGUAGUUUUGUACCCCGCUCCACCCUGGCAUUAGGAACGCCUGUGCGGCCUCAACUUCUGAGUUCCCCCUCGGUCGUUCCACUUAACAAGUCUGCCACCUCCUCAUCAUCAGCAGCUAGGCCUAACUUUAUGUAUAGUAAUCAGUCGUUUGGUGAAAAACCGUCUGUGAUAAACAAUCUUUCUAACAAACUUGAUGCGGUGAACAAAAAAGACUUGGAGUCCAUGGAUGAUGACCGGUCUGUCUCUCCCUCGCCCAGUAGUCUGAGUUACCCAGUUACACCCCCCAAAACUCCGGAGGAUGGGAGCGAAGAUUCCAUGUCUGUCUCCUCGCCACGUAAUCAUGGUAGUGCAACAUUUAUUGGGAUUAGAUAUGUCCAUGCUCCUCCAGGUCCUAUUCCUCCUGACAAAGAUGUGAUUCCAUUGUGUUGUUGUAAAAUUAAUGGUGCUUGUUUCAAGAAGUUGGGAUCUAGUGUUACAUAUUGUCAGGCACUGGAUUCUGUGGAUGGCAAGGUCAUGGGCUGUUGCAAUAAAGUAACCAACUCUCAGUUGGUUCGACCAGGUGUUAAAAUUCCAUUUAUGGCCAUUUGUGAGGCGCACAGGAAGAGACUAAAGCUUCAUCAGUGUUGUCCAGGAUGUGGACAUUUCUGUACACAGGGUGCAUUUGCUCAGUGUAGGAAGGUCCCUGAGGGCAGCAGUGGGGUCAAAUGUCCGGUCCAUCACUUCCACAAGCAGUGCCAGGUCCUGAGAAAUGGCCGCUACUUCUGUCCUCACUGUGGUGAGGAGUCAGAGCAGUUUGAGGUCACACUGCAGCUGGACGAACCUCGUAAUAUGACCAACUUUGAGGACAAGUACAAUAAGCCUCAAGUCUCCCGAGCCAAGAUGGGAUUUCAUUCCAAUACUUAUAAAAACUUUACGAAAGGGGACAAAGACCCUUCAGAGGAAGAAGUUACUGCCACACACAAGGCACAGGACAAGACCAUAUCUACUGGCGGUCUUCCUAUGGGUCCUGACAAGACAGCUCUAGAGAACGUCCUCUUGUCAUUCUCUGAAGAAAGACCAAGGCUAAAAAAGCUUCCCAAAUUUCUCUAUCAUCCUGCUUAUGAAGGGGACCUAGACAAAUUUAUGGCUAUGAUAGCUGAAGGAUUCGACAUUAAUGAGAAAAUUGAGGACUUUGAAAACCAAACACCACUACAUGCAGCCUGUAUAUCAGGAAGUCUACCUAUUGUCCAUGUCCUAGUUCAGAUGGGAUCAUACAUUCAUGCAACAGACAAAGAAUUGAAAACUCCAUUGAUGUAUGCUGCAGAAAAUAAUCACUUAUCCAUUGUUAAAUAUCUGAUGAAAUGUAAAGCCAAUAUCAAGCAAAGGGCUGAAGACGGCAUGACAGUGUUACACUAUGCAGCUAAAGCAGGUUAUGUGGAUGUUCUGAUGACCUUGCUAGAAUCGGAUGACGCUGAUGUUAAUAUGCAGGAUGAUGGUGGAUGGACCCCCAUUAUCUGGGCAUCAGAACACAGAAUUGUUCCAGCUGUCAAGUUCUUGAUCAAACACGGCGCUGAUCCCAACAUGAAAGAUAAGGAGGAGAACACCAGUCUUCACUGGGCGGCCUACUCUGGAAGUGUGGACAUUGCGGAGAUGUUCCUGAACGCUGGCUGUGAUUUGGAAACUCCCAAUGAACACGGAGACCGACCUCUGCAUAUUGCAGCUAGACAGGAUCAUUAUGAAUGUGUGGUGCUGUUCUUAGCUCGUGGAGCUGAUGUGGAUGCCAAAAAUAAAGAAAAUGACACUCCGAUAGAGUGUUGCAUUGAUGAAAACAGUCAGUCUGCUUUGGCUCUGAAGGUCAACAAACAGCUGAAGGGGUUUGCAGCCGCACGACUGGGUCGCACAGAGAGGCUUAUAGACAGAGAUGUGUCUAGAGGUCGUGAGAACAUUCCUAUGGCGGUUAUAAAUGGUGUGGAUGAUGAUCUAGUGCCCACUGACUUUCAAUAUAUAACGGAGAAUGUUGAGACCACCAACCUUAACAUAAACCGAACCAUCAGCAGUCUACAGAGCUGUAGGUGCAGUGAUGACUGUUCCUCUAUGUAUUGUGUGUGUGGCAGAAACAGUGUUAAAUGCUGGUAUGACAAGAAUUACCACCUGCUGCCUGAUUUCAAUAUGACAGAGCCGCCAUUGAUCUUUGAGUGUAAUAAAGGCUGUCGCUGCUGGAGCACCUGUAACAACAGAGUGGUGCAGAAUGGAAUCACGUGUCGUCUACAGUUGGUGAAAACAGAAGGGCGAGGCUGGGGGGUCAAAACCCUGCUGGACAUCCCUAAAGGCAUCUUCAUCUGCGAGUAUAUUGGUGAGCUUAUAUCUGACUCGGAGGCCGAUGGACGAGAAGAUGACUCAUACCUGUUUGAUCUAGAUAACCGAGAUGGUGAUACGUACUGCAUCGAUGCGAGGCGUUAUGGAAACAUUAGUCGUUUUAUCAACCACCUUUGUGAGCCCAACAUCAUUCCUGUCAAGGUGUUCGUGGACCACCAAGAUCUUCGCUUCCCCCGCAUCUGUUUCUUCUCCUCCCGCGAGAUCAAAGCCGAUGAAGAAUUAGGAUUUGAUUAUGGAGAAAAGUUCUGGAUUAUUAAGUGGAAGCAAUUUACGUGUGCCUGCAAUUCGCCUAAGUGUAAAUACUCCAAAGACACGAUCCAAAAGACGCUACAAGAGUAUCGACAGAGACACGAAGAGGAUGAACCAAUAGACUGAACACCACCACUCAGCCCCUGGGGUGUCCUACCAUUAUAAACCAAAUUACCUAAAACAGAGAGGGACCUUAGUAUGGUGACUGAAGGGUGGAUGAUGACGAUGAUUAAUUCAGUAAAUUGUACAUUUUGCAAAAUACAAGUUUGUCCAUUUUAUAGAAGUACUGUGUACUUUUUUGAGAGUACAUUAUAGCAGGGUUAUUUUUAUUUGUUUGUUUGUAGUUUUAUAAAAAGCAGAUUAUAACAAGAUUUUGAAAUGCUUAAAAAGUAUCAGUGAUAUAUGAGUGAGUAUUAAUUAACAAAUUGUGAAUCUGAUAUAAAGUGAAUGUGGCAAUUUAUACCUGUAUUUCUCUGGCCUUAGUACAAUGUGUAAUGUGAAAGGUGUCAGUUUCUAUGAUGAGAAGUGUUGGUGUUAUUAUGUAUAUACCAGAGUGUGGUAAUGUUAUUUGAAGCUAGCACUUGGUCUUCUUGUCUCUGUACAGUAUAUUAUAUGGCUUAUGUAUGCCGUUAUGACACAAAUAGAGUAUUUUGGGGUCAUAAAUGUGUUUAAUGCACAAAAUAUUGUGAGAGACUGAUGUAUUAUUGUAUAACAGGGCGUAUUUUAAAAUUUUGGAAUGCAUGGUUUUGACUUUAAGAAACAGUUUUUAUAAGUCACAUUUUGAUUGAAAAACUUGACAAAAAAUCAUGGAAAUGUAUGUCACUACAUAUAUAAUUAAUGUUGAUAAUUUUGAGAGUUUGGUGUACAUAUGACACGUGUAUUUUGUGACUUAUUUAUUGAGUAGGAAAAUAUUUUUCAUUUUACUCUUAAACUUAACUGUUUUUGGAUGCUCAGAUUUUUAAAUUUUAGAGUAUAUAACUUAUUCUUUUACUUAUGAAGUUAUGAGUGAAAAAUAUAUGAGAAAAAUUUACAUGUAUACCUUUAUACUUUGGAAAGAAAAUAUGUUUUUACAUUGUCAUGUCAAUCUUAGUGGAUUAAAAAUUCAUCCAAUGAUUAUUCCUCAAUAAAGCCAUGUGACUAAAAAUUGGAAGUGCUAAACUAUAGAUUUAGAACUAGUGAGAGGCUUUGGGUUGAGGAAGGCAUGACAGACAUUGUAUAUAAUGACACGGUCAGCAUUGGAGGUGUUCUAUUGUUUAUGAUGAAAUGGAAUGCAGUAUAGGGACAAUUCAUGUAAUUAGGAUCAUUUUAAUUUUGCUGUACUCUUUACUUUUCAUUAAAUGCUCAUAUAAUGAA